AGCCAUGAUUUUAUUAUCAGUUUGUGUUUUACCCAGGUCCAGGUCUGUUUCUACUUUCUGUUGCUUCUGCUUCAAAGAGAGAAUGUUCUUCUGCACCAAAAUGCAAUCGAAUUGAAAAGAAACUACGUAAAUUUUGUUAUUAUGCGAUGAAAGUGUGAAUUCCGAUUGUUUUAUAGAAGUUCUACGUUCCAGUGUUCGGCAAAUUCCACCGAAGAUAAUUUGUGUAUGUGUAUUGAGUAUCUGCUUGACCUAAAACAGAGGUAAUGAAGUGUACAAUAAUGGAGCAAAUCGUGCAAUUCAAUUCAUCAUAGUUCCAUUUAUGACAGGUAACAAUGGAUGCUCCUGCGAUUGGAAUCGACUUGGGCACUACUUAUUCCUGUGUCGGCGUGUUCCAGCACGGGAAAGUUGAAAUUAUUGCCAACGAUCAAGGUUACAGAACGACGCCAAGUUAUGUGGCCUUCACAGAUAAUGAAAUUCUGGUCGGAGAUGCAGCAAAAAAUCAAUCAGCUAGAAACGUUGAUAACACCGUUUUCGAUGUCAAAAGAUUGAUGGGUCGUGAAUUCGACGAUCCCGCAGUUCAGGGAGACAUAAAGCAUUGGGCAUUUCAAGUCAUCAACUAUGACAACAAACCCAAAAUACUAGUCGAAUUUCAAGACACUCCUAAAGCUUACUGUCCCGAAGAAAUAUCGUCUAUGGUCUUGAAGGAAAUGAAAAAAACAGCAGAAGCUUAUUUAGGCCAAACGGUUAAAAAUGCUGUAAUCACGGUGCCAGCUUAUUUCAACGAUUCUCAAAGAGCUGCUACAAUUGAUGCCGCUAGAAUAGCCGGUUUGAACGUAUUACGAAUUAUUAAUGAACCGACCGCUGCAGCUAUUGCUUACGGAUUAGAGAAAGAACACUCCGACGAGCAAACAAUUUUGAUUUUCGAUCUGGGUGGUGGAACUUUCGACGUCUCUAUUCUCACAAUUCAAAACGGUGUUUUUGAAGUAAUUUCAACCGCCGGCGAUACUCACUUGGGCGGCGAAGAUUUUGACAACCGAAUGGUCAACUAUUUCGUUGAAGAAUUCAAACGUAAACAUAGUAAAGAUCUUACCGGCAACAAAAAAGCUUUGCGUCGCUUGCGAACCGCGUGUGAAAGAACAAAGAGAACUUUAUCAUCGGCAACAAUGGCAGAGAUCGAAGUAGAAUCGCUUUUAGAUGAUAUUGAUCUCUGUAGCUCCAUUUCUCGUGCUCGCUUCGAGGAACUGAAUUCUGAUCUGUUCCGAAAUGUGAUGUCAAUUGUUGAAAGAACGAUUCAAGAUGCUAAAUGCCACAAAAAUAAAAUUGAUCACGUCGUUUUAGUAGGUGGUUCGUCUCGUAUUCCGAAAAUACAAAAAAAUCUUCAAGAUUUCUUUGAUGGUAAAGAAUUAAACAAAACAAUUAAUCCGGACGAAGCUGUAGCCUAUGGAGCUGCCAUACAAGCUGCUAUACUAAACGGUGAUGAGUCAAAGAUUGUACAAAAUAUAGUGCUAUUCGACGUUACGCCGUUGUCGUUAGGUAUUGGCUCGCGUGAAAACCAUAAAAAAAUGAGUGUGAUCAUUAAACGUAAUACUGCUAUACCAGCAAAGCAUACUCAUCGUUGCCGUACACGACAUGAUAAUCAAUCCCGCUUUCGUUUCAAAGUCUACGAAGGUGAACACGCUCUAACGAAGGAUAACAAUUUCCUCGAUGAACUAACCCUCAAUGGUCUCCCUAUUGCACCUGCUCGCCAAGCUAAAGCCGAGGUAACUUUUCAAAUUGAUGCUAACGGUAUUUUGAAUGUAACUGCCGUCGCGGUAACGACCGGUAGCACGACCCAUUUGACCAUUUCGUACCUAAAAAGUCGCCUCUGUCAAGAUGACAUACAGCGUAUGAUUGAAAACGCCGAAGAAUUACGAGUCGAAGGAGAAAAACGAAACGCUGUAUUAGUCGCCAAGAACUCAUUAGAAUCAUACUGUAUCAACACAAAAAGAACGGUAGAAAACGAAAAGUUGAAAGAUAAAAUCGAUGAUAUCGAUAAAAACACAAUUUCAAAAAAAUGCGAAGAAACCCUCAACUGGUUGAAUUCCAACCAAUCAGCUCAAGCAGAGAUAUUCAAACAAAAGGAAGAUGAAUUGCGAAAAAUAUUCGAUAUCAUCAUUUCCAUCGCUACUAACCCUUCUGCAAAAUAUGACAAAUAUUAUGAAAUACUGAACGUGACGAAAAAUUCCUCCAAAGAAGAAAUCGAAGCAGCCUACAGGAAAGCUGGUUUUAAAUAUCACCCUGACAGGUAUGACGGAGACCAGGAACUAGCAACUAUGUAUUGGCUGACAAUAGUGAAAGCAAAAAAUGCGCUUAUCAAUCCAGCAAAAAGAAUAAGGCGAAUGUAGUUUCACUUUCAACGCAGUGCUUGAAGAUUAGACCAUCCCCGAAUUCCGCUAAACUAAUUCAAUUUAUUACAGAUUUUAAUGAUCGAAAGUUGAUAAUUUUACAAUGACGUACGUUUUUAUUCCAACGCUCGAACUCUGACAAUGAUGUAGAUCAGUUCAGUAUAGAGAUUGAAUCUACAUCGUCUGUGAUUGGUAAAAAAAAGUAUCUAGUUUCACUUUUUAAUAUGUUCAUGACUCGUGUAUUGUAUUUUACACUUUA